CGGCCAAGCUACUACUACAAACAUGGAAUGCCCACAUAGGGGUUCAGUCUCUAGUAAAGGGACUAUACUCAAUCUCUAGGACGGACGAAAGGGUGACUAUGAGUUUGAUUAUAUCUAAACCAAGCAGCAUCUAGCCUUAAGAUUGGAUUUGAUACGGUGGUGUUUGUUCAACCUGUUCCCAGAGAUUUGUCUGUGCCAUUCCCCCUAACUCGGUCCGGUCUGCCUCGAAUUAUCCCUUCUUUCCAUAGAAAGAUGAUUCGGGACUCCUCUGCUGAGAAAUUCGUGUUUGUUGUUUGACUUAUCUGUAUUUGGAUCUAUAUCUAAAUGAAUACUGUUAGCAAAACCUUUCUUCCUUAUUUGGAUCCAUAUCUAAAUGAAUACUGUUAGCAAAACCUUUCUUUGACUAAGGCAACAUUCCAAUCGAUUGUUACCCCGCCUUAGGAUUGAGGAUAUGGACUCUAUUCAGAAUGUGGUAUCGGAACAUCAAAUUCAUUUCAUCGAUAUUAGACGAUGAUAUUGUCCAUGGAUCAGGACCAAGCCCCUUGUUCAAGGGUUUGAGUUCGAACCAACCUAGAAAGCCUUGCCGACUUGAAAGAUGGUUCAGGCAGCAUUAACACAAAGAGGAACCAAAUUGACAUUCUACCAGAAAGUGAGGAAUGACUACUUGAUUUGUCUGUCUUAUUAAAUAGCCUCAUUCAUUGUGAACCUUCACGCAUGCGCAAGGUGUUGAGUCAGGGUUGUUCAUCACCUGAUUCGUUACCCGUUGGAUGUGAAGAAGACAAUUCUCACAGGAUUGUGGAUCUAGACAGGUUUUCAAACAGUAUAGGUCCCCAUAUCUACCAACUUGUGAUAAUCUCGGUAUUCCACCGAAUUCAAGCUGGUGUUCAUCCGUCUCUGGUCGUCUAGGUUUCAAUUUCUUUCUUUGGAGGGAGCAGGCAAGAGGAGCGCGAUUUGCAAUUAUGUCAAUCAGCGUUUAUUGAGACCGGUCCAUAAGUGGGCAGCAUCUGGGUUGAAGUCCAUUCCAAUGGAUGGUUAAUAUCACCUUUGUAUCGGCUCAUUGGCCGUCAAGGCGGUUUUGUUUAUCUUAUGAUCUUAGUGCAGCCACUGACCGGUUAAGCUUUAUAAUGUUUGAAAUUAUGGUCUUGUUCGAUAGGUCUUAUACCUCUAGUGUUGUUAAUUCCGCACUGGCUACAAAUGUUGGUACCCUGAGUCAGGCGCUAAUGGUCCCGUCCCAAGUAUGCUUUCUUCCCCAUUGUUCGCAUUUGAUCACUAUUAUUUGGUGGUGUGCUGAACAGGUGUACCCGAAGUUUACCGAUUAUGCAGUACUUGGCGAUGAUGUUCUCAUUGCCGACCAAGCUGUGGCGCAGAAGUACCACGAAGUAUUAGGGAGAUUCUCUGUUUCUAUAUAUAGGGAGAUUCUCUGUUUCUAUAUCCAAAACCAAAUGUGGAAUCUCACAUCCAGUAGCUGUGGUAUUUUCUAAGAGAUUCUUUACAUGGGGGUUGAGUCCUCCAAUCUCAAUCCGAUGUCUGGCUAAUCCUCAUAGGUGCUAUUAGGAUGAAGCGUAUCUUAAUGUGCGUUGGUACUACACAGUCGCUUUUCGAUCUGAUGUCUCCUUACAAUAGUUUUCUUCAAGGAUGUGCCUAUUAGAAUAGAACAACCCAGAGCAGAGAAAGAAUCCAAAGAGAAAAUCCAAUAUUGUCCGUUUUGGUCUCAUGUGGAAGUGUUAUGAUAUGGUUGUAUCUUUGGGGUUGGCAUACCGUCCUCACAUUUUGGACGUGAUGACAGAGCCGCUUUUCUUAGGUGGUUAUCUCUUGGGUGGAGUAAUUUGUACUAAUGUGAUUGUCUCUGUGUGGGGUCUG